CCCCUGGACUUCCGUAAACACCAGCGUGGAAAGGCUGCUCAGAUCUUUCCUCUUAUCAGUUUAUAAUAUCUCACUGAAGUGAUAUCUGCAUUAAUACGGUUCUGUUCACAUCAUCAUCACCAUCAGCGGUCAUGUCCUCCGGUUCUCUCCUGCUGGUUCUGCUGGUUCUGGGCUGCCUUCAGUCCUUCACAGCGGCCCAGCGUGCAAACCCACCAGAAUCAUGCUGUUUCAACUUCCAGAGGAAUAUAAUCCCUUUACGAAUGAUUAAAGGGUAUAAAGAAACUCGGCUUGACUGUACAAAAGCUGGAAUCAUGUUUAUCCUAAACAAUGGUAUUCGUGUGUGUACAGACCCUGGAGAUCUGUGGGUGAAGAAUCACAUGAAGAAAAUUGACCUGCGCUUUUUUGCAGACCCGAUCCAACAUCAAAAGAAAUGUUAAAUCCUCUCUCUGUUAAUAACAAGUUAAUUUUUUUUUAACAAAAUGUACUUUUUUACAUUUCAUUUGCUGUAUUUGGACAGGAGGAAUAAAUCUUUUUAAAAUAAUUAUUAUGAAUCAUAUUUAAUCAUAAACUCUUGACUGAAGCAGUCUAGCAUUAUUUAUCUCUGUUAAUCUAUGGCUUGUGGUCAUGAAGUCGUUUUAUCUUAUAUACAUUAAAGGACUUUUAAGUACACAGUAUUGCUUUGUUUUUGUUUUUUAAAGGAAAUUGGUUAUGUUAAAACUCAUUGAAAUGUCACAUUUUUGACAGCAACAAUUAGAAAAGUUCCCAAUAAUUAUAUAAAUGAAAUAAGUAAAAUAUUAUGUUCACUGGUUUGUAACAUGACUGGUGAGGGGGGUACAAUGGCUUAGCGAUUAGGGUUGGGGGUUCGAAUCCCACCUCUACCCUCUAGAUAAUUUUCUAUAACAGCAGCUCUGACAGUAGUGCAGCUGCAAAUCACAGCUGUAUAUUAAUGCCUUUAUUGAAAUAUGUUAUCAUUUCUAUAGUAACAGCUCAUUCACAGAGACUCGUACAGUGUUUCUAUAGCAUCUGUUUAUAGCUGCUAUAGCAUGAGAACAGGAAUGAAGUUCCAUCCAUCCAUCCAUCCAUCCA